UUAACCUACUAUAACAAUUAAAUAAACCAAUUUAGUUUAAAAAUAGCUGCAGCGAACUAAUGUCGCAGCGAUUUAUCGUCAGCAACUAAGUAGGCUGAACAACCUCGAUUUCAAUAGCCGAGAGAAAAUCGCAUUUUAAAUCCGCCCCCCUCUCAAAGGCGCCAAAGUCGCACACAUGGGCAGCGACAGAUCUGCAGCGCCGCUGAAGGUAAUUUUUGCAACAUACCUACCACAUGCUGGAUGUUUUUUCUUCCAGUUGGAGAUGGAUUCCUGGGCAAUAUUCGCUCUUGGAAGGUAAAAAUAAAUUUUGAACUUCCAAGGACCAGACCAGUUUUCCCCCUCACUAAAUAGUAUGAUUCGUUUGAAAUUAAAGGAAUUUAUUUUUUCCAUCUAACCUGUUUCCUCUUCUCAGAGGGCAGAGACCGUGGGGCUCAGACUAUUCCACAGUGAAGGCAGAAAACAUUGUUCUACACCUACAUGUGGGUUAACAUCUCUGUAGGAAUAGUGGAAUAGAUGAUGGAAAUAAUUAGCCUCUGCCCAAUCCUAUGUAACUAGUUAUAGCAAGAUGGACUGAUUCAAAAGCACAUUCAAAAGUGUAAAAUGAAAUUACGAAAACAGUGGUGUAAACAGUCUAUACUUCAUUGAGUUUACAUGGCUGAAGAGGAUAAUUGAUGCCUUUGCAAUGAUAAGCUGAAAAUACUUUUUGGGAGGUUAAAGGAAUCAAAGGUUGUGGGGAGCAGCAAAAAAAAAAAAGAUGAGAUCAAACUCAGAUUUCCUGUGAACUUCUUGAAUGACAGAGCAGACUGCAGAAGCCCAAUGUUGUACUCCUGGUCUUACUGCUUAUGUUUUUGUAAAGGGAUUCGCCAAGGAAAAUGGUACUGGAGUCUAGGAUGAGAAAGCAUAAACUUAAAAUUGAAGCUAAACUAUUUGCAAACAAACAAUUUGCAAACAAAAUAAUUAGAGGAAAUCUGAAAUCUCUUUCAGAAUCCUGGGUAAUAGAUCCUUCCUAUUCACCUUUAUUCAAGCCUCCAUACUUUUCUACAUUUUACUUAAAUCUUACAUCAAGCUUCCCAAUUACAAAGAAAUCAACCAUGUCUUCAGAAUUAAAUGUCCCUGUUUUUAUCCAUCUCUGUUGUACCUUCUCUACAGCAAUAUCAUUCCAGUAAUCUAAUGUCCAGAAUUUGAACAAAGUUGUCUACCUCUGAGAACCCUGCAAAAACAACUUACCUGCUUGCCUGUUCAUAUUCUACACAUUUUUCUAAAAAGAAAGAGUGUCCUAUAUACCACCUUGACUACCUUAUCUACAUGUCUCAUAUGACCAAGGAUCACUCGCCCUCCUUUUAUCUCCUUCUCUGUCUCACUCUGUCCCCAGUUCUCUCUCUUGCUCCUUUUCUCGCAACCCCCAUUCCCCACUUUCACCCAUAGGUCAUGCAGGCUGUGCCGAAAAAUGUUGAAAAUAACCCUGAUCACCACGUUACAAAUCGUGGCCAUUAACUUCUAUCAGGAUCACCAUGAGCAUCCAGAAAAUGGAAUGAUAACACUAAUUAUAGCUAUCUAAACAAAUCAAAGCACUGUACAUAUAUAAAUAAUUUUCUUAAUGUAGAGGUGAGACCACUUUGGCAGUGCAAGACACUUCAUCAAAAUGUUCUGGCCUUCAGUAGUAUACAUUCAGAAAAUUGCUCUGCACCCCUUCAAAUAUUAAUUAGCCUCAGAUCCAUUUUAAAAUGAAGGUGGAAUCCAUACCGGGCAGUCUAUUACUGGGAGCUACUGAAGCACUCCACCUGUUCUGAGUAAAUAAUGAAUUAGAAGACAUUAUGUAGAAACAAGGAACUGCGGAUGCUGGUUUACAAAACGAAGACAGCAAAAUGCUGGAGUAGCUCAGUGGGCCAGGCAGCAUCUCCGGAGAACAUGGAUAGGUUCCCUCGGUUCUUUCUGGUCCCGACACGAAACGUACCUGUCCAUGUUCCCAGGGGAUGCUGUCUGACCCGUUGAGAUAUUGCAGCAUUCUACUGUCUUUUUUUAAAUUUAGAAGGCAUUUACUGUCUGACCAUCUAUCUCACUCAGUGCUUUACUGGGUACCUGUAAAAAUCCUAGUAUGUCUAUAGAUAGACACAAGAUGCUGGAGUAACUCAGCAGGGCAGGCAACAUAUCUGGAGAGAAGAAUUGGGUGACAUUUUGGGUCAAGACCCUUCUUCAGACUUGUAUGUCUAAAGUUCGAUUUCCGUAUGGUGCCUGCAUUUGUUAAACCAGUAAUCCGUGUGGUUAAUCAAGUCUCAUACCGUGCCAAACAUUUCAAUAGACAAUAGACAAUAGACAAUAGAUUUCAAUUUUUUUUUAAGAAAACAUUGCCCAGGGCUCAGCUGUGCUGCAUAGAAGAUAUUUGGAUUGAUUCCCAUUCUCUGAUGUAGCUGACCUCUGCUUGACAGUCAUGAAAGGAGCUAUAGCAGGAUGUUCCAAGGGUUUCCAUUCCUACUUGUUCUGCACCUAUCCCAAGUUAAUCAGUAUGUGUGUAUGGAUCUGGCCGGGUACAAGAUCAAACUCAGACAUCUUAUAUGGUUGAAUAGUAUGACAACAGUUGCUAUGCAGAUUCCCAUUUGAAUAACUAUUUUGACUCAAGUCUGGAAGCCUUUUCAGUCUCCAUAGAUGCAUAUUCCAAAAGGAAUCCUUUCUGAAAGGCGUUGAUAUGGAGUGCCAAUGAACAGAAACUCUGUUGAUGACUAACCACUUGUUCCCAGAAAUAUCGAUUCUACAUCUGCAUCUUUCCAAUUCCUAUCACACAGCGAGCAAAGCUAUGAAGUCUCCAAACCAAAAGGAAAUUAAUCAUUCUUUUAUUUCAAUAACAGCUUGUCCGUUUUAAUGUCGUUAGAUUCCUUAAAUGUUUCAUACAAGCAUCAUUAAACAACAUUUUGACAGAAAGUCACAGACGGCCAGAUGACCAAAAGCUGGUCAAAGAGAGAGUGAAGCAGAGAGAGGAAUCCCAGACCCGACAGUGGGCAAAUGCUGGAUAUGGUGGAAGGAUUAUAAUCAGUUAUGUGUAACUGAAGGAGACAUGAAGGGUUACAGAGCUAAAGAUUAGAGGACAGAGGGAAUUUUGAAUCAUAAUCAGAGCAUAAAAUUGUUGUUGAUUUAAAAAAAAUAUUUGUUUGAAUUUAAUUUGACAUUAUUCUGAAUCCUUAAAGUUUGUUCAUAUUCAAGGUUCACCAACUCUGUUAGGUUCACAACUAUGUACAGAUUAGAAAUGAAGCUUAAAUGUUGCUCAUUCAUUUGAAAUAUAUUGAACUCACAGUUAAUGACAGCAUAGUUUUGAGCCAUUUGUGUUCUCUCCCCUGCGUAAAGAUAAUUUGUGUUAUGUAAGCAACCUGUUUUCCCACAUAUUCAGUCAUUCAGCACUCCACAUUCUCAGAGCAGCUAGUUUUGUUUUAGAACAAUCAUAUAUCCAGCAUCCAAAAUAAAAUAUAACUUCAGUUCGAGUAUAAUUUUGGGUCAUUUAAAUUUAGUGAAACAUGUUCCAAAAUGUAAACUGUUUUGUAUUGUUAUGCUUGAGUGCAUUCUACUAAAUAAUAGAAGUAGCUUGUAAUAGGUAGUUAUACUAAACAUCUGGUGAAUGUAUAGCCAGUGCUGCAACACUGAAUGAAGAGCAGUGCUUGUGCUUUUAAUGUGUAUUGCUGAUAGGAGCUCCACAAUCAAUGGGCAGUAUAAAUCAAAUAAAUGGAUGGCCAGAAAAAUACCAGCUGGUCUGUCAACUUUCCCCAUAGCAUGAUAGUCAAGCCAGACAAACAUAACUAAAAACUCUCCCCACUCAUUGCCAACCCCUUACUCGAUAAGGGGGAAAUCCUUUAAAACUGAGAUGAGAAGAACUUUUUUCACACAGAGAGUGGUGAAUCUCUGGAACUCUCUGCCACAGAGGGUUGUGGAGGCCAGUUCAUUGGCUAUAUUUAAGAGGGAGUUAGAUGUGGCCCUUGUGGCUAAGGGGAUCAGGGGGUAUGGAGAGAAGGCAGGUACGGGAUACUGAGUUGGAUGACCAGCCAUGAUCAUAUUGAAUGGCGGUGCAGGCUCGAAGGGCCGAAUGGCCUACUCCUGCACCUAAUUUCUAUGUUUCUAUGUUUCUAUAAUCACACUGUCUGGUUCACUGAUAGAUCCAGGAGAAGGAGAAAUAAACAGGUUUGGUAAGGGAAGAAAUAAUUCUAAAAAUAUAUCCUUAAUCCCAGUCCAGCAGACUCUGUAUAACAAGUGUUACUAAUAAAGACACUUGUCUACUCGAUGAAGCAUUAAUUUAAAUGGUGAAUGGAGCCUAAUAAGCUUCCAUACCCUUGGACAUGCCACAUACCACCAAAUCAGAUGAUUCUGCCCCAUGCCUACAGUGGCACACACUUCCAAUGUCAGCAUUAACACAUAGGUGGCUCAAGGUUGAAAUUAGUCAUGGUGUGUGUUGACUCAAAUGAGUCCACCCACCUCCCCCAGCCCACCCUUGAUUCUGAUCAUUUUCGUUUUGAUUCUCAUGCUCGAAAGAUCUUCAAGGGUUGUCAGGAAAGAUACACAAUGCAUCCAAAAAUUGCUUGCCAAUUACACGUUUCAAAUAUGCAGGCAGAUGCAAUAAAGUGAAUUGCCUUGCAGUGGAUAGAAGUGGGCAGACAGCUGGUAAUGGGAGAGCAGCCCAGGAAUGGUUUAGUCCAAUAAAAAAAGCAGCUUAAAAUGUAAAAGUUUAAUAACAGGAGUGACUCCAAUUAAAUGCUGCAGAAUGGGUUUGGAUUAUCAUCAGCCAUUCAGCUAAUAGGAAUACUCUCUUAAAUGCUGUGAACUGUGCCAAUGAUCUAGCACCAGAGUAAUGCUGCAUGAGCUAUUAAGCGGAGUGACCUUUUAAUUAGUUCCGUUUUUUUUUCGUGCUAAAGUUAGCUCUUCCGCGGAGAGCAUUGGUGAAAGCGCUGUGGCAACCUCUGUCUCAACCAACAGUCUGAUUUUGCUUUAAAAAAUCCUUUAUAAUGAAAUAAAUAACUUUUCUCCUCCCUUGCACGCAUUUUGUUUUUGUUCUGUUUGCUCCUUUCAGUGAAUAAAGACAGAGAAAGUAAACUGUCAUUGAAUGCCGAGAAAAGAAACAAAAACAAAAAAAAGGAUGCUCACAAAAAAAUUCCCGGGAUACCCAGCUGCCUUUGAAAAACAAGACAUGUUCUCCAAGGAACCGUGCCCUUGGUACAUGACUUAGAUUCAGUCUACUGACAUGAAGUGUCGUGGGAAUAAAAAUCGGAAAUUCUGGAAACGCUAGGGGGUUCAUUCGGAUACAGAAAAAAAACUAUUUAGUUCCGCAGAGGGUUAACCAGUGGAAGCAUGUUGCGCAGGAUUACUUUACAGCUAAAUAUUUAUAUGCCAGGCAAUUGAAAUAAGUCAUUUAGUGCAAAACUAUUUUCUUGGUAAGAUUCUAUGAAUAUAUUAGUUCUUUAGCCACAGAUUUCUAUGAAUAAAGAAAUAAUGUAUUCCCAAAAUAAUUGGAUGUUUUCCAUCUAAAUGUUAUUGUGCUUUUUUUUGCAUAUUUGAUUUGCCCCCUAUGAAUAAAGAGAAUGCACAUGCCUUAAGGGUGCACUACAGAGACCUGCUGCUAUUGAAACAGUGUUUUGAUCAACAGUCUGCUGGGUUCUGGUCCGAUUCAAAGCAAGUGGGAGAAGCAUAGAUCAUUCCAUCCGAGUGGGGCGAAGAUGCCUGAUCCGAAAAUGAUUUACAAUUCGUGGGCACUUUCGCCGUUUGUUAUCGCAAUUCGCGAAAGAAAGCUGAUUCUAAAGUAGCGGGGGAUGAGGUAAAAGGAGGAAUGCGAUCGCUUAGGACUUCAAACGGGGGGAGGUCAAUCCAUCAGUGCAUAUGUGUGUGUAGAUAUGCUUUGGAAGGGUGGGGGAGGACGCAGAGGGAGGCUCUUAUAACAGAAAGCUCUUCACUAUAACACUCCCACUGAAUUCACUUGCAAAUUCCUCAACCCUGAAAGACACAGGAUUCCCAGUGCCCCCUCGCCCGUGCAGAGCACAGACUGCACAGCUAGCAUACAGUCCUCUCACUCCUUCGGGCGGAUGUUAUUAUUAAUAAUAAUCAAAGAACCGAAUGGUCACCAAUCAGCAAGCUGACGGGCAGAGACCCCCCCCUCCCUCAACACCCUCUCUCUCUGUCUCUGUCUCGGCUGCGGGUCGCUGCUUCCAAGUGCCAAAUAAAGGAGAGAAGCUACGAGCAGAUGCCUGAACUAGACAGAACAAGAAGUCAGUCUUAACAUCCUAAAGCAACCGCAGCACCAGACAGCACCAGGAGCAGGAGCACCUUACUUGACAGUGCCCCGACCAGCCAGUUUAAGUGAUAGACUACCCGAUAGAAGUGCGAGUUAGAGAAAUUGCCUGAAACUAAGAGUAUGAAGAUUGAUUGAGGAUCCUGCAGUUUAGAAAUGGAACAAAAAGGUUAGUCAGAGAAACACCGCCUGGUGACGGAUAUCUGGAGCAAAGCCAGCCUUUUCAGUUAGGCUCUGCAGCCUGCAUCGCAGAGAGAAGGAUGGCAACAUUGAGCUACUGCUGCUGCCUGCUUUGGCUGCUCUGGGUCUGCCUUCUCGAGCCCAGCCAGCUGAGCCCUCUGCCAGCAAGGACUACUAAAGGUCUGCAGAGUGGCACGCCAGUGGACCCUUUGGGUAGCAAGUUUACACUGCUGCACCGUUCCAAGCGGGGCUGGAUGUGGAAUCAGUUCUUUUUGCUGGAGGAAUACACUGGGUCGGACCCACAGUACGUAGGCAAGCUACACUCUGAUGUUGAUAAGGGAGAUGGCACGCUUAAAUAUAUUUUGUCCGGAGACGGGGCUGGUACAGUUUUCAGUAUUGACGAGAACACUGGGGACAUUCAUGCCUUAAAGAAAAUGGACCGGGAGGAAAGGUCUUUUUAUGCAUUACGAGCCCAAGCCAUUGAAAGACGGACUGGCAGGCCUGUGGAACCAGAAUCUGAGUUUAUUAUUAAGAUCCAUGAUAUCAAUGACAAUGAACCAAAGUUUUCAAAGGAAACCUAUUUGGCCACUGUUCCGGAAAUGUCUGAUGUCGGUGCAUCUGUAAUUCAAGUUAUUGCUACAGAUGCUGAUGAUCCUACCUAUGGAUACAGUGCCAGGGUUGUGUACAGUAUCUUACAAGGCCAGCCCUACUUUUCAGUCGAGUCAGACACAGGUAUUAUUCGAACAGCUUUACCAAACAUGGACAGAGAAGCAAAAGAACAGUAUCAAGUGAUCAUCCAGGCAAAGGACAUGGGAGGACAGAUGGGAGGAUUAUCAGGGACAACAUCUGUGAACAUCACACUAACUGAUGUCAACGACAAUCCUCCGAGAUUUCUACAAAGUAUUUACCAAAUGAGUGUACAAGAGUCUUCCCAGGAACGUGCGGCUGUUGGCAGAAUUAAAGCUUUUGAUGCAGAUAUCGGGGAGAAUGCAGAAGUGAAUUAUCGUAUCAUUGAUGGUGAUGGAAUGAAUAUGUUCGACAUCAUCACAGACAAAGCUUCCCAAGAUGGUGUUAUUCGUGUGAGAAAGAUGUUGGACUACGAGAGCAGGAAAAGCUACACCUUGAAGGUAGAGGCACAGAACAGUCACCUUGAUGCUCGAUUCCUCUACCUGGGUCCGUACAAAGACACAGCCACGGUCAGAAUUACGGUUGAGGAUGUGAAUGAACCACCAGUGUUCAGCAGACCCUUUUACAUGAUGGAGGUGUAUGAAGACGCAGAUGUGAAUUGCUUCAGGGGGAAACUCGUCAUUGGCACAGUAACCGCCCAGGAUCCUGAUGCAUCUCGUAACCUCGUCAGCUAUGCAAUCGAUCGCCAUACUGAUUUGGACAGAUAUUUCAACAUAAACUCAGCAAAUGGAUCAAUUAUUACAUUAAAACCACUUGACCGGGAAGAAACAUCAUGGCACAAUAUCACAGUAAUCGCAACUGAGACAAUUACAGAAAACUUGAGACAAAGUAGUCGUGUACCAGUUCAAAUCAGGAUUUUGGAUGUCAAUGACAAUGCUCCAGAAUUUCCCAUGGUUUACGAAACAUUUGUCUGUGAAAACGCAAAGGCUGGCCAGCUGAUACAAACUGUCAGUGCUGUGGACCAAGACUCGCCACGAGGUGGAUCCAGGUUCCUCUUCAGUUUGACCCCAGAAGCUGCCAAUAAUCCUAAUUUCACAGUUCAGGACAAUGAAGAUAAUACAGCUGGAAUUCUCACCAGGAGGGGAGGAUUUAGCCGUCAAGAAAUGAACACCUACCUUCUGCCAGUUUUCAUUUCUGACAAGGAACAUCCUAUUCAGAGCAGCACCAAUACUCUUCUGAUUAGAGUGUGUGCCUGUGAUAGUGAUGGCACCAUGCGGUCCUGCAAUACUGAAGCUAUAAUCCUUCCUCCUGGGCUCAGCACAGGAGCCCUCAUCGCCAUUCUGUUGUGCAUCAUUAUUCUGCUCGUCAUUGUGGUGCUCUUUGCCGCCAUGCGAAAGCAAAGGAAGAAAGAGCCUCUUAUCAUUUCCAAAGAGGAUAUCCGCGACAACAUUGUCAGCUACAACGACGAGGGUGGCGGUGAGGAGGACACCCAGGCCUUUGACAUUAGCACGCUGAGGAAUCCGGAGGUUAUUGAAGACACGCAAUUACGCAGGGAUAUCAAACCCGAGAACUUCCUGCUACCCCGGCCAACCCCACGAAUACCAGACAACACCGACGUCAGAGAUUUCAUUAAUCAGAGGCUAAAGGACAAUGAUACAGAUCCCGGUGCCCCUCCCUAUGAUUCUCUAGCAACGUACGCCUAUGAAGGAAAUGGUUCCAUAGCAGAGUCACUCAGCUCCUUGGAGUCAGUGACCACAGAGACAGACCAAGAUUACGAUUACUUGAGUGACUGGGGACCUCGCUUCAAAAAACUGUCAGACAUGUAUGGUGGAGACGACAGUGACAGGGACUCUUAGCGAGAAAACUCAUUCCCUUCAAUUGAGCUUUCAACAGAACAGAGUAUUGCUGUGUAAACAUGCGGGCCAGUACUUUUUCAAAAUCUAUCUCACUAAGACAUUUAUUGUGUACUGUUGGACUUUUAUUUCAUAGAUUCAUGGCUUCAGAAUGGUUCCAGUGUGAAGUGUGUAACUUUUGCUUCAUUUAAUGAGCAGCCCCAAGAUGAUAAUUCUAUGAGAAUUUAUACAGUAACUAUAUGCCUACACCAUCCACUGUUGCACUAGUGGACACACGUGUUAUAUUGUUUAUUUUGUUUCUAAAAUAGAAAUACUUCACAGGUAUUAUUGUCUACACAGAAGAAUACAAAAUGUAUUAAAAUAGGGAUGUGCAUAGAACAAGUUCGUAAAAACAGCCGGAGGUAGAAUUUGAUGGUUCGGGUGAUCCAGGUUGGAGGCAAGCGUUAGACUUGAUAAUGAUCCUUGUUUUCUGGCUUCUGCCUUUCUUCUCCAAUCACAAAUUACUGUGAUACAGAGGAAAAAACAUCAUAUUCGCUGGAGCGGCAACCAAGUAACACAUUCAAUUUGAUUGGGAAACACAUCAGAAUGUGCAUCAAACCAAGCACUUGGCUGAGAGAUGAAAGAUUAUUAUGUGAGUCAUGUGUGUGCCACUGAACUACAAGACUUAGUCUAACAAGAAACCUGCUGGUUGUAUCCCAGGUUUAUAGCCUUUGACCUGCACACCUGCUGGCCAGCACAUCCCUUUGGUAAAAUUAGUGAAUUAGAUGUUUGAGCUGAACAUGUGGUUGAGUCAACUGUUUUCUUUCAUAAUGUACUGUACUGUAAUUUAGAUUCAAUAUACACCAAUGUAUACAUAUAGUACAGCUGUACUAUGUAGAAUGGAUGUAAAUCACUACAGAUGCAUCUUAAAACUAAUUGGCUGGGUGUUGUUGACAGUUUGGGGUGCAGCAGAGUUACACUGCACACAUUAACCUAAUGAUACAAGGUCCCCAUUUGGUUCACGACGUCAGAUCUCAAGUCCUGUUGCAAAACCAAGAAUCGGAUCAGAACCGUGGAUUUAUGAGGAAACACCCAUGAUUCAACUUGAGCAUUGUUACCCGCAGAUUGAGGAAAACAUUUUCACAGCUCCAGAUGGCCGAUGAAACGUGAGACUGAACUAGCCCAGUUGGUUGGCCAUUGUCAUCAUGAAUUGUCACUGUGGCUUCAUCUCGAUUAAAUUAUCCCAUAAAUACAUGCCAACCUCACUGUUCCAAAAGCCUAAGCAGUUGUCUGGAGCUUACAAACCAUUGUUAAAUUGAGUCCUUCCAAAGGACUUCAACAAAUAACAUUUGAAUUCUCCCAUCCUCUUUGCAACAUCUAUCAUGGACAAUUUAAUUGGAUGAUAACGUAAAUCACAUCUUUGAGCCAAGAGGAGAGGCCCAAGUGAUCCUUUGGUGAAAUGAGGACACUUUUGCUGUUUUGCUAUCCAAGAUUUGGUGAAGGGCAAAGUGUGGAAUAAUCUUUGGAAUGCCUUAUUGCUUCAGAUGGAACAUUUGCAUUUAAAAACAUUGGUGAGGACAACGUGUGGUCUUACAUUGUGCCCAUCAGUUAAAGGGUUGGCACUGUGGCAGGAGAAUGUGAGAUGGAGAGUUGUUUUACCUUUAGAUCCUAUAUUUAAGGAUUGGCCCACAGGAGCUCAGAUUCCAAAUCAUCCAAAGCUCUAAGGCUGGAAUAUGAAGUCAUAAAUCUCUUCAUCAAUUUUAAUUAGCUUAAGGGCUGGAUUGGAAACAAAUUAUCAAGUAACCCGAUCCGCAUUUCUAGAAGUUCAAUGUUACUCCACGUAUAAUGACUGAAAUGUUACCCGUUUUUUAAUUAAGAUAAGCAAGCUCUCACAUUCUGUGAUAAUCUCAGCGGCAGCCAAGCGCUCCAUUUUCCACACAUAGAGCUUGUACUGGACAUUUAUCGUGUUAGCACAGGUGAUAACACGGUUUGUCAUAACCACUUGGGAAUGUAAGUGAGGAGUUACUAGAAGGAAAGCCAAGAAAAGUCAUUAACCCUUUAGCACCCAAAGCAAGUGAAGCCGAUUACCAUAGAGAAAAAAAAACCCAAUGUAUUGUUUUCCAUGCAUUCUAAACAUAACCAUGGAAAAUGACCUUGAUGGAAUUAUUAAUGGAUGUGAAAGUGGUAGGCAUACUUCAAAUAGAAUUUUAGUUUGGAUUCAAAGAUCCAUUGUUCCUGUUCUCAUUGUUCCAAUAUGAUGGUUUUGUAGUAACAAGAAUUUAAAGGUACACAUGUCCUUAAUGUACUACACUUUUGUGAAAGGAUUCUAACAAUUUAAUAAUAGCAAUUUACCUAUUCUGUGUAAACCUGUAAGAUAAGGCUUUUCUGCAAUAUCACUGCCAGCUUCUUUGAUUCACCAUUUUAGGUUAAACAUUAAAGGUUUUUGUGCCAGAUAGACCCAGAGCAGUUUAUAUUUACUCCAAAGUCCACUUCAACAGAAAAGAGAAAACAAAAACAGCCAGCUGCAGGAACACUACUGGGGAAAGUAGAGUUGAGCAAUAAAGACCCCCUGUGCAUGUGGUGUGCGCAGUUUGUAAUUUAUAUUAGCUCUACUGUAGCCUCAACCUCCAACCAAGAGAAGGAGAGGAAAAAAGGUCCCACGUCUGAGGAGAAAUAAGGUCUCAAGGCAAGACAUUUGAUCUCUACCAAAGUAAAAUACCCAAGGGGUUGAGGUAUAAUUGGUGGAUGGCAAUUAAAAUCUCAUGCUUCCACAAAAAGGUGGAGGAAUGUUGUUGAUUAUAUAAGAAACAGAAAUGAAACACUGCAAGCAUUCCAAUAUGUAUGCAUUUUACAUAUAUCAUGCUAAAAUAUUCCAAUAAUAUUUGAAUUGGACUAAUUCCCAGUACAAUUAAACAUAUUUCCACGUGUUGGAAAACUGAGCUGCGAGAAAGUACAUUCUGCAUACAUUUGCUCUGUUUCAUGCACAAAGAAACACUUUCGUCAGGUGGUGUUACUUUAAAAUCCAUAACUGUACUCAUUGUCCAGUUAGGAUUAGCUUAGACAAUCUUAGCAUUGAAUUCAUCUUUUGUGUUGUGAAUUUUUGAGUGACUUGUUUGUGUCACAUGGGCACUCUGUGCUUUAGUUUUGUUCAGUCAAAAUCACAGUGCAAUCUCACAAGAGUAUAUUAAAUCUCCAGACACGGAAAAUAAUCAAAUUCUUUGCAUCAAUUCAGCAUCUCUUCGGACAGCAAGGUUAUGCUAAGAGAUCUGAUGUACAGCAGAUACAGAAAUUAUUGUGACAAAUGAAUGAAGAUAAACCAAUUUCACUCAUUUAGGUGCCAUAGAAUUCAGAUAUUAUUUUUACCUGUUUGAAGAUAUACCUGUUGUCCAACUUGCCUAAGAAUCAAUAUCAGUUGCAGCUAUAUCCAUAUUUCCAGUUGGCUGAGGCCUAUCCAGUGUGCUAGGAUGUAAUAGAAUGAGGGAUUCUUUUGAAACAUCAUCAAACUGAAACAUUAACUGCUCCUCCCUCCAAAGAUGCUAUCCAAACUGCUGAAUAUCUCCAGCAUUUUUUGUUAUUAUACCCAACAUAGGGUUACAUGUGUAAUACCAAAGGGCAGCUGUGUAACCAAGCAUGUCAGUUAGUAGAAAUAAUUCCUUGGUCUCUUGCGCCAAGCACACAAACCAGAGGCAGUUACUUUUGUUUUCUGCCUUGAAGAUUUGAUUACCUUGACUUAAUUUCAAAAUCUGAACACCACGAGUCACACCAUCUUGUGCAUUAAGAGCAAGUUAUCAAGAGUGAAUCUUAACCCCAAUGUCUUCAAGAGAGGAAGGGAGAUAUGCGGAGCAAAAUAAUCACAGCAACUUCUGAUGUGCUGUAUUUCCAUCUUCCAUAUAUUCAUUUUUGCAUGAAUAGCCCCUUAUCCAUUUUAAACGUAGGCCAAUUUUUAUCAUUAACCCAGUCAGAUGUCUUUUGAUAGUAUUGACCUGCGAGUUUAAAUUACUUUGUGGCUAUUAACAUUUUAUGUUAAUGUGAAAUAUUUUAAUGUGGCUGGGCCAGUUUGUACAACUGAAAAUAGCUAAUGCCAAUGAAGGAUCCUUGCUUAAGUUUCUGAUUGAUACCUGCUUUUUUAUGAUUUCAAGAUCUGCAAAUAAUAGUCACUGUUAGCAGCAACUGUAUGUUUAGCAAUUGGAAGAAAAUCAGAGUCCAUUUUCUUUUGCUAAGUAACAUUUUGUACAAGGAUUAUUUAUAUGAUACUAUUCAAUAAAAUGUUUUUAUG